CUAGGUAUUCCCUGGCUGUUUUAAGAACUCAUCAUCCCAAAACUCCUUCAACGUCGCCUUUUUCUCCUCAUCGGUGACAUUAGCUGUUCCAAUCCGCAGGACUUCCAUGGCCUUCUCGUUGUCAAUUAGCGAAUACGACGCAGGGUCGUCAUAGGAGAUGCCCUCGUUCAGCAUCUCGAAGCUCACGUUAAAGAGCUCCGUUAGAAGAUAACACAAUGCUGCAUCGGUGCCCUUGAGGAAGUCAGGGCCCACAGUCGAGGGCGUAUAGUAAUGCUCAAGUUGAAAGACAAAGCGCCUGGCCCUCAAUUUCUCGAAGGACAAGCACAGCACGCAAAAUAAGGCAUCUCAUUCACCCAUUUACGUACGGUGAAGCCCCUCUACUUACGUCUUUGUCCUCUUGUGUCGACUGGAAAUGUUCCUUGAGCAUGUCGACCAAGUCCUGCAGUGGCGUCGCCAGCGGACUAGGCCUCGCUUUUGGCUCCACUGCCACUCUCUCCCGUCGCAGAUUGUACGCCAGCACAAGCCGAUGGCCCGACUCGACAGGCAUCACUCGAUGAGGUAUGUCAGCCAAGAAGGCCACCCACCGACACUGACCGCUCUCCAGAGCGGCUCGCGUCUCGUUGUUGAACCUCUCGCCAUCGAACUCAUCCCCAUCGUAGAGCAGGAAAUCUCCCCCAGAGUACUCAGUCGGAAGGAAGACCAGCAGCGAGGUAAACAUCUCUUUGUUCCGCUGUGUGUCUCUGUGGAUCCGAAAGUGGUCACUCUGAGCAUAGAUCAGCGCCUUGUAGAACUCUGCAGUCACCCGAUAGCCCGGCGUCAUCUCCUCCUCGACCGCACGGCAGAUGCCGUCUACGACGUUCUCCCAUCGCCCACUCUGAGCGUUCACAUUCACUUGCUCAGCAGGCACCUCGCGGCUGAUGCGGACGUCGGGAUCGACAAUCGUCUUGUCUUUCACGCCAAAGGGUGACUCGUUGGCGUGCCUCCCAUAGACAUUCUGCAGGUCGGCGGCCGAGAAGCCAGCCCCCCGCAGCUUGAAGUUUGGCCGAAGGGACCGUUGGACAGACGCGUUUCUGCGAGAGAUGAGGGAUGGGACCAGAUCACUGGUACCUGCCAUAGUCACCACACCAACGGAACACCACCAACACAAUGGUCGCUGACAUGCCAGGCUGUCGUAUCCCUCACACCUGAAUCGCCCAUGGAUUUGCCUUCCUGGUAUGCAUGCGUACCCGAAAUUAAGGGCCUCGGCGCUUCGUGUUGCUUGAGGUAGCCGAGUGCGGCAUCCACCACUCUGCCGGCCUUCUCAGGGCUCACUUGCAUCGACACAGACAGGCCGGUGCGUCGCCUCCUGUCAGCGGGGAUGAGUCGGAGGGAGGGAUGCCGCGUCGCUUGUGUGGGGAUGAAUGCUCCACGAGUGGAUGGCAGGCUCACCGCGAGAAGAAUCCACUGGAGAAGAAUGAACCACAUGGCGACACUGGCAGAGAAGACCUCAGCAUGACCGGAGGACACGGAUGAGGGAGAUCACGAGAGAUCCUUGUCGCUGCAUCGUUGCAGGAAAAGGGGGAUGCUUGAAAAAAGUGUGCUCAAGCGCUUCG